GCCCAAGAGAAGGACAGGCAGACAGUGACUAAAUGACUGGGAUAAGCCACAGUCUCAUACAUACAAACAGUCUCCAUGUGCACUCCAGAACGGUCAACAACAAACUUCGAGCUCCUAACUCACUCCUGGCCUCUUUUACUGGAUUUCAGCGUACCCUAUGAUGUGAAGCUGAAACUUUCCUUACUCUGUAGAUGGCGGCGACCAAGGAUAAGUGGAGCGUGGAAGAAGAGGCGUCGCUGAUUGUUUUUUUUUAGGAUACGCUAUAUUCUCAAGUUCUGAAUAUUGAAGAGUUUUUAAAAGUAAACCGAGCACCCCCCUCAUUCGAAGAGAACCAUGGUGCGUAACGUGGACGACCUGGACUUCUGCCUGCAGUCACACCCGCAGAGCAUCCUGGAGGGGCUGAAUUCCCUGCGCUCACAGCCCAAGCUCUCUGACGUGACGCUGUGUGUAGCGAGCCGUGAGUUCCACUGCCACCGAAGCGUUCUGGCGCUCUGCAGCCUCUACUUCCACUCCAUGUUCUCAGGGGACUUUGUGGAGAGCAUUGCAGCCCGUGUGGAGCUGCGUGACGUUGACCCUGAUGUGCUGGAUACCAUCCUUGACUUUGCCUACACAGGCAAGCUAACCAUCAACCAGGGCAACGUGGAGGGCCUUAUCCGCACCUCUAGCCAGUUGCAGUUUGUGACAGUCCGAAAAGCCUGCAGCCGCUACUUGCAGCACCAGAUUAAUGCCACCAACUGCCUGGGAAUCCUGAAAUUCGGGGAGAUACAUGGCUGUCCAGAGGUGGUAGCCAAGGCCCGUGGCUUCCUUCUGGAGAACUUUGAGGCUGUGGCUCAAGGCGAAGAGUUCCUGCUGCUGGAGAAGGAGAGGCUGGCAGCCUGCCUCAAGGAGGAGAGGCUCCAGAUGAGGGAGGAGAGGACCCGGGUAGAGGCAGUUCUCCGCUGGGUGAGGCAUAACGAAGAUACCAGGGCCACACACCUGCCCAAGCUGCUGGGGCUGGUGCGUCUGUCCCUCCUCUCGCAGGAGUACAUCACAGAGACCCUGCUAAAGGACAGGCUGGUCCUGGAGACACCAGCCUGCAGAGAGGCUGUAGAGAGGAACCGCAGAGGGACAGAGGCGGAGCCAGGAGCCCUUUCACAGGGAGGUGCCUGCUCUCCUCCACCCAGCCUGCAGGAGGUGCUGUUUGUGAUCGGUGGGCGCUCUGCGGAUGACUCGGAUGAUGAUGAGGAGGGGGAGGAGGAGGAGGGGCAGUCCAGGUCAGUCCACAGGAACGCUGCCUUCUACAACACCAAGACAAGGGAGUGGAAUCAGAUGCCAGACUUUCCAGACUACAACAAGUGGGGAUUCUCUGUGGUGUCUUUAAACAACAACGUGUAUGUGACAGGGGGCUCCAGAGGCUCUAGAACCAACACCUGGUCAACCACACAGACCUGGAAGUACGACUCUCAGCAGGGGAAGUGGACGACGGUUGCUCCCAUGCUGAGGCCCCGGACCAACCACACCACUGCAGUGCUGAACGGAGAAAUCUAUGCCAUUGGAGGUACAACGCUGGAUUUUGUGGAGGUGGAACACUACGACCCAUACAAUGACAGCUGGUCUCUUACUAGUCCCACUUUGAAGUAUGUCAGUAAUUUCACUGCCACAGGCUGUAUGGGGAAGCUCUAUGUCAUUGGCUCCUGUGCGGCCAAAUACAAUGUUCUUGCUAUGCAGUGCUACAACCCUGUUAUAGAUGGAUGGAGUCUCAUUGCCUCCCCCUUCAUCCCUAAGUACCUCUCUGGCCCGUGCUCGGUUUCUCUGGAUGGGGUCAUCUACCUGAUUGGAGACAACACCAAGAAGGUCUACAUGUAUGACCCAGAUGCCAACAUGUGGCAGAAGGUGCAGUUGCUCCACAUGCUCCAUGAGAAUGGGGGGAUGGUGGUCCUGGGCGGCAGGCUGUUUGUGACUGGCGGGCAUUGGAAAGGCUUGGAGGGGGAGUACCGCGUCGAGAUGGAGGUGUACGACCGUGGCCGCAACGCCUGGCACAUGGAGAGCUCACUACCGCGGCUCUGGCUCUACAGCGGCUCCUGUUCCAUCUUCCUGGAUGUUUCGCAGUGGGUGGAGCCGUUCCCUGUUGAUCAGGCCUAGCGGGCCGUGACCGCGCAGGAGCUCCGCUUGCCAGGCUGCUUCAACACCACCAACGGGGGUUCUUUCAAAGAUGCUGUAUUUGUUUUCUGAAAGUCGUCUAUCUCCUGAUGCAUUUUCAAAACUAGAAACAUUUUAGAUUAGGGCUUUUAAUUAAUAACCACAGCCUGCCUUUUUUAGGGAGUUUCAAAACAUUAUAAAUUAGACACCAUCCGCUGUAGCAGUCAAGGACAAACAGAACCGCUGUGGUGAAUAGUACAGUCAAGUACAAUUAGCAGCCAUUUACGUUAGGGAUCAUAGGGUGUAAUUAGCUAAAAUGAAUUGCAUGCAUAUAAUAGUGUAACAUAGUGUUCUGUAGUUUUCGUGCAAAUUAUCUGUGUGCUAGUACAAUUAAUUUGUCCCUUUUUUGUAGACCUUACUAGAGACAUGAACUGUAUUAAUAACCCCAUAUAAACAUAUUUGAAGAUAUUUAUACAAGUGUUUUCAAGCAUCCUCUUUCCAGAAUGUCCUGCUCCCAGUUAGGUGAUACAGUUGUUUCCUUCUUGAUAAAUUUCGUCAGGUCAGUGUGCUUUACCUGUACAGGGACACAUGUAGGGUAAAGUUAUCGCAGACCCUUGGUUAAACAUUCUAUCCGGCAGUCAAUAAUGGAACUAACACCUGAAUUCUAAACUACUGUAGCGGGAUUGCUAACUGAACCCAAAGAAAGAAGAUAGAAAUGAGAUUAGCAGUCCCUAAACCAAUGUAAAUUUGUAAAGUUAGUAGGGUUUUUUUAAAAUUAUUAUUACAUUUAAAAUGCAAGCACAUUUUUUCUUGUUACCUCUAAUGCUUUUGAUAGAAUCAUAAAAAUAGCCUACCCCUAUGAACUAUAGUUAAGAUCACUUGCAAACAUGAUUGCUGCUCCGAGUCUGACAUCAACUGAAUCAGUCUGCUGAUCCUAUGUUGUCCCCUCUGGGAUGUUUUUUUUUUUUUUUUUAUCCAAACUGAACUUCAUUGUACCUUGUGCUUUAUCAUGCUUGGCUCUACUUUUAACUAAGCUUUAAUAAAGGUUUUCAUACUUUUA